AGAACAUCUGCGCAGACUCUUAUGUCUGGCGUCCUGGAGGAGCCAGACUCCAUCACUUUUAAAGAGCAUGAUUUAUUUCUAGCUGAGGAGCCUCUGCCAGGGACACACACCAGAUGGCCAAGUGGAGGAACAAAUUCCCCAGGAGUGAAUGACAGCAAUCACAUGAUCUACUGCAGCAAAUCAAGUUAACUCUUUUUCUGGUUCAUGAAGUCACCCUAACCUAUUCCCUUUUUUAAACCCAAGAGAUAGAGCUUAGCCCCACCUCCAUCAUCCCCCUCCUGCAGGAAGCAGCCAAUGAGAGAAUACACCCCCUUCCUUUUACUGGUCCUCAGGGUCAGAUAAAUGGCCUUAAUGACCUAAAAUAACAAACCUUAGACAAAUUGAAAAACCUCCAGUUCAGCAUAACAGCAUACUUGCCUGAUAGAAAAGUCAAAGCAGUAAAGAGAACAUCCACAGGCAUCAUUCAUGAAGCUCUAAAGAACAUAUGCACCAAUAAACCUUCCUCCCAGAGUUCCCUCUUCUGCUCUAUGAAGCCCAAGCACUCCACCAGGACACACAGGCUCCAUCCCCAGGAGAGACCUGAGUCCUUCAGCUGCUCUGAUCAGAGGACAGUCUGUCCCUAUAGAGGCUGCUCCACUCUUUCUUUUAUUUCCAGUUCUCCUCCCUCAGUUCUGGUCAAACACCCUUUCCCAGCACAGAAAUGGCUGGCAGAGACAAGGAUCUACUGCUCUCAAACUUGGAGCAGCAACAGAAGAGAAAACGAAAGCAGGACCAGUUCGAGGUGCACAGUCAAGAAUCCUCUGAGGGUUCUAUGGCCAUGGAAGAAGUCCAGUCCCAGAAGGCGAGAAGCACGGAGGAGGCUCAGCAACAGGUCUUGGAACCCAAGAGAAAGCAGAUGGAUCUGGAGCCACAGCAGACCAAAGCCCCAACAGAGAAGGGCUUAGUGAUAAGCUCAACGAUCAUGCCCUAUGUGGACACCAAUACCCACCAAGGAUCCUCACAACCACUGAGUUCAGAACAUAAACAUCGGAGACCAAGUCGGACUUCAGAUUCUGAGCAUGACAUAUAUGGAUCUAAUGAGUCUGGAUACAGUAGUGACAGUGCAGUAAUCCUGUCCUCUGUGGAUCCCACUCCUUGCCAAGGUUCUUCACAAGGAAUGAGCUCAGAGUAUGGAUUUUGGAGAUCAAUUCUGACAUCAAAUAUUGAGCUUGAUAAUUGGAAAUCUGAGGAGUCUAGAUCCAAAACCCAAGAGGAGGAGUCUGAGGAGGAGUAUGAGGAAGAGUACUCACCACUGGCAUCCCUGGCUCCCCUCAAUCCGUAUUCUCCUGCCUCUUCAAGAGACAAGCACAUGGAACCACUGGGGACUGAAGAUGACUUCUGGGGUCCUACAGGGCCUGUCGCUAUUGAGGUGAUUGACAGAGAGAGGAACCUGUACCGAGUUCAGUUCCCUGUGGAUGGUUCCUACCACUGUCCCAGCACAGGACUCCACUUUGUGGUGACGAGGGCAGUGACCAUCGAGAUUGGAUUCUGUGCCUGGAGCCAACACCUGGACCAGACUCCCUUGCAGGACAGUCACAUGGUGGCUGGACCUCUGUUUGACAUCAAGGCUGAGUGGGGAGCUGUGGCUGCUGUGUACCUCCCUCACUUUGUGGAUCUCCAAGAGGGUCAGGUGGACAUCUCCUGGUUCCGUGUGGCCCACUUUAAAGAGCAUGGGAUGGUCCUAGAAACUCCAGCCAGGGUGGAGCAGUGCUACACAGUCUUGGAAAACCCAAGCUUCUCCCCAGUGGGAGUUCUACUGAGGAUCUACCUUACCAUCAGGAGCCUCAUCCCCAUCAUUCCCAUCACAUUGAUCUACUAUCACCUCAAUGUCGAGGAAGUCACCCUUCAUCUCUACCUGAUCCCCAAUGACUGCACCAUUCGGAAGGCCAUUGAUGAUGAAGAAAUGAAGUUUCAGUUUGUUCGAAUAAACAAGCCACCCCCACUAGGUUAUCUGUACAUCGGGUCCCGCUACACAGUGUCUGCUUCCAAGAAGCUGGAAAUCAUUCCUGAGGAGUUAGAGCUGUGCUACCGGAGCCCCGGGAAAUCCCAGCUCUUCUCUGAGAUCUGUGUUGGACACAUGGAUUCAGGGAUUAAGCUGCAAAUCAUAGACAAGAAGAGUAGCAAUCUCAUAUGGGAAGCCUUGCUGAAACCAGGGGAUCUCAGGCCUUCAGUUCACAAAGAUGCUCCUGCCUUGCUACACUUCGUGGACCAGCAUCGGGAGCAGCUGGUGGCCCGAGUGACAUCAGUGGACCCUCUCCUGGACAAGCUGCAUGGUCUGGUGCUGAGGGAAGAGGAGUAUGAGGCAGUGCGGGCUGAAGCCACCAGCCAAGACAAGAUGCGGAAGCUCUUCAGCUUCAGCAGGUCCUGGACCAUGGCCUGCAAAGACCAAGUCUACCGAGCUCUGAAGGAGACCCAUCCUCACCUGAUCAUGGACCUCCUUGAGAAGUCGAGCAGUGUCUCUGUGGGAUCCUGACAUCUUAGUGGCUGAGGUGUGAGCAUUCAAGUGAUUCCUGGCUCUGCUCUGCCCUAAGUUUCUAAAUCUAUAACCCAGUGACCACCUGAGUUACUUUUCUGGUGGCAUUGUUUCCAAGAGACCUCUUGGGGACCCAGAUAUUCCCUCUUGGCCUUUCCCAGAUGUAUGUUAAUGUGGAAUAGACAAUUCAGUAAACAUCCAGUGGAACCACCAAGUCAUUCAGGCCUUGUCCAGCCUGCUCUCAUGACCUGAGUGGCCAGGCGUGUGCCCACCUCAUCUUCCAUGAUUCAAACAGAACUGGGGAACAUGGGAAUGGAGACAAAAGAUGGUACUUUUCCAUGAAAAGGAAAGGAAGAGGGCUUCUUAAACAUUUCCUAUUCCUUUUACCCAAAUAAUUUUUAUAUAAUUCUGGGUAUGUAGAUAUAUAAGUACAUAAAUCAAACAUUUUUACUAAAAAUUAAUCUUAAAUAAAUUUAACUUUAAACAA